UUGAAAAUGCCGCGCAGUAUCAAUAAUACUUCGUAUCGCGGGUCUUCAACGGUAGCAAAAUUCUGUUACACUAUAAUAAUUGCUUUUGUUUGUUAUGCUGUAGUAUUUAUAGUGAAAAACACUUUGGAGAAUCAUAAUGCAGAAUCGAUGGAAUCGUACGAAUUUUCCAACUACAUCAAGAAAUAUAAGAAAACAUACAAUAGUUCUGAAUAUUUUCGUCGACAGAAAAUUUUCGAGCGUGCAUCAAAGGAUAUCGAGCGUCUAAAUCAAAUGGAAAACAUUAGCAUUGAUGUUGAUAUAUAUGGAUAUACAAAAUAUACUGACUGGACCUCUUAUGAGUUUGAAAAAAAUAUGCUAUUACAGAAUACAACUCCUAUAUCAUUAUGUAAAAAGGAAACAAGAGAACCAAAACCUUUAAAUCAGAGGUUACUUGAAAAUUUACCACAAGUAGUUGAUUGGAGGAGUAAAGGCAUCAUCGGGCCAAUUGUGGAUCAGAAGAUGUGUAGAGGGUGCUGGGCAAUUACUGUCACGGGAGCCACUGAGACUAUGGUUGCUGUAGACUUACAAAAGAAUGGAACCUUCCAACAUCUUAACUUGUUAAGCAUUCAGGAGUUAAUUGACUGUUCAAAGGUUAAUGAUGGAUGCAGAGGUGGAAAACCAUCGACAGCUGUUAAUUACCUGAUUAACAACAAGAUACCAAUCGUAUCACAAUUAGAAUACCCACUGAAACUAGUGGACGAACCCUGCAAACUUCAUGGACAUCCGAGCGGCGUGCUGAUCAAACAAUAUAAGGAAUUAUGUAAUAAUGAUGAGGAGGUCAUGCUGCGUCACCUGGCGGAUGUUGGUCCGCUGAUCGCAGCUGUGAACGCCAAACUUUGGCAGCACUACUCUGGAGGGGUCAUACGUCAAGGUUGUCUGGGUAACGAGGGGUAUCUGAACCACGUGAUUCUGAUUGUAGGCUACAAUCUCACAGCUCCCGUGCCGUACUACAUUAUCAAGAACUCGUGGGGUGUGGAUUAUGGAGACCAUGGCUACGUCAAAGUGGCAAUUGGUGGUAAUGUGUGUGGUAUUGCUGAUGAGGUGUCCUACAUAAUUGUGUAAAUUGCAGUUGGCCACGCGGACGUAACGCUCCUAUUAUUUAAAGUGUUUAUAGGUUUAUAGGCUAUGGCAACCGUUUAGGCUCCUUUUAUUAAAAAAAAAAAAAAAUAAAACUAAUUAACCUUUUUAUUAAAUUCAGCAAUUAUAUUUAAUACAGCUAGUAUAUAAGCCAUACAUAAGCCUGUAAUACUUAUGAAAAUUCAACUGGGACGUUUGAUUACUCACUACCACAUUUAU